UUUAGAUGCUCAGUUUCGCUGCAUUUCGAAGAUAUGGCGCGCGAACUUGGCAGCGCCCAGCCAGGGACGCUUGAUGGCGCCAGCGGCGCGGGUAUAAGAGCCGCGUCCGUGAAGCGGCACACUUCAGUAGUGUGGGUGAUCGUAGCGGGAGGAGUGUGGCUCCGCGCGCGGCCGCACCGCGAAACCGUGCCCACUCGCCUCGAUCACGGAACGUCCACUCGUUUUCACGUCUCGUGCGAAAACAUGGCGGCCAGCGACGACGAGCCGAUGCAUCUCUACGAGGUUUUUCAGAACUGUUUCAACAAGAUCGCCAACAAGUCUGAAAAGCCCUUUCAGACGUCGUAUGGUCCCACGAUAGACAACGGAAUGGCGUAUAGCAGUGGUGCAUUCGGUCCUGUAGGUACCGUCAGUACACCCACCCCCGUCGUGAAUCCGACUACCCCCGCUGGUACCAACGGCACACGGUUACCUAAUCCCACUGGCGGUGCCGCAACCGUGAAAAGGAAGAAGGAUAACCUCGACGGAACGGAAGGAGAAGUAGUGGCGACGCAGCAUUGGUAUGGCUCGGAUGAAUUCGGACAGGACUCGCCGAGAUACACGUCGCCGAAGGGUGCCCUUUACGCGGAUUCCUAUUACAUCGAUGGUAAUACUACAGGAACCGGUCCCGGCGACCCGUGGACGGGUAGCGGCGGUGGUGUCCAGCCCCCAUACAGUGGAUAUGCACCCUCUCACCUGGCGCAGCCAGCCUAUCCCAUGCACCUACCCCACGACCCCAUGGCAUACUCAGCGAUGUCGCCGAAUGGUGAAUCUGCAGCGCCGAUCCUGGGCUCGGCGGUGACCAGUGCGGCUUCCCUGCCGCCAAUGUCGACAUUCCGGGGUAGUGCCGCGGUCGCGGCGAACAGCGGCACAGGGGCGCCGUCGCCGGCAUCGUUGCAAUAUAGCCAUAGUCCUGGUGCACCGACGACCGCGCCUUCCGCGUCCAACACUGCGCCCACGACGAACCAGCAAUCCACCACGGACGACACCCUCGGCAAGACCCUCGCAUCCGUCGUGAGCACUCGAAUUUAUCCCACGGACCAAUCAGUAUCCAGUUAUAGCAGUAAUCCAUCUACACCCGUCAGUUCGCCACCACCUUUAACCGGUUCGGCACCAGGUUGGGCACCUGGAGCCGCGCCAGUAUCUCCGCAUUUUACGGCGGAUCCCAAUCGUGGUAUUCACAUGCCGGCGCCUGAACAGCAGAGGCUAGACGAUGCCAUCGGCUUCCUUCGCGACCACGCCGAGUUGGUACAGGGAGCACGAAUGGAGGAGCGGUUAGACGAUGCCAUAAACGUAUUGAGGAAUCACGCCGAAAGUCAAGUAGCCCUUCAUCUUGGCCCAGUUGGUCCACACGGCGGGAUAUACUCGCAUACCUCACCACCGCAGCUAGAACAUUUGGCGAGUCCACAUCCUGCGGUAACGGUGACGCAACCUCAGGGUUCCUAUCCCGGUCUUACGCCUACGCCUGACACAGAUGGUUCCAUCAAGAUCGAAAGGUUACCUGUGACGAAUGCCAAAUACAUCCCCUUAGAAAAAAGGAAAGAUCCGCCCGAUAGUAGCGGCGGCGAAACGAAACCAUCAAGCAGUGAACUCGCAGCGGCCGGUGUAAUCGGGGCUGCUACAGUUAACUCGACGUCGCAAGGAAAAGGAACGAAGAGAUCGCGUAGAUAUUCGAGCGCCGAUGAAGACUGCGACGAUCCUGGCACCAAAGCGGUGCGCGAGAAAGAACGUCGCCAGGCCAACAACGUGCGUGAAAGUUCGAGCGCUGAGGACGAGGAUGAUGAUCCCGACAUGAAGGCACAAAGGGAGAAAGAGAGGCGGCAAGCAAAUAAUGCUAGGGAAAGGAUACGUAUCAGGGAUAUCAAUGAGGCUCUAAAGGAACUUGGCAGAAUGUGUAUGACACACCUAAAGACGGACAAACCUCAAACGAAGCUCGGUAUUCUCAACAUGGCUGUUGAAGUUAUAAUGACACUCGAACAACAAGUCAGAGAACGGAAUCUUAAUCCGAAGGCUGCGUGUUUAAAAAGAAGAGAAGAGGAGAAAGCCGAGGAUGGUCCGAAGUUACCAGGUCAUCUUGCAGCGCACAUAGCACAUCCGCAUUCUCAUCCACACGCGCACUCCCAACCGCCCUUUCCCGCAUUACCUGGUCCACAACCUUCCCUUCAGCACAAUCCACCACAGCCGCAGUAGCAGCGGCUCAGUGGCGGUAUCAUUCUGUGUUAAGGGGUAGAUACAUCUUAAAAUCAAUAAAAAAAAACAAGUUUAUGAACAUGAC